AAGUUCUUCUAUGUUUGGAGAUUGAUAAAAAAAUGGCGACGUUGCUGAAUUCUGGAGGAAAACUUGUGAAUUCCAAGUACAACGGGACUGUUAAAAACCUCAUUGUCGCGUCUGUUGCAGCAUGCCUUGGCGCAGUGGCGUUUGGUUUCAGCAUCGGGUACAGUUCUCCAGCUGUUUCCCAGAUGCAAAAAGAAGGCAUGAUGGAUAAAUACCAGGCGGCUUGGUUUGGCUCACUGUUGUCAAUAGGCGGUAUAUGUGGGGGACCUGUAGCAGGCUGGACCAUUGAAAAAUUUGGAAGAAGAAACACGCUUAUGCUGACAGCUGUCCCGUUUACUUUAGGCUGGCUUCUGAUUGUCUGGCCUGGACAACUGUUGUUAUUAUACGUUGGACGCCUGUUGACUGGGUUUGGAGGGGCGAUGAUAACCGUUGUUGGGCCGGUUUAUGUGGCUGAGGUGUCGACCAAGGAAUUAAGAGGAAUGCUGGGCUCUGGUAUCCAGCUGGGGAUAACACUCGGGAUCUUAGAUGUGUACACCCUUGGUAUGUUUUUUAAGUGGACAAACUUGGCUCUUAUUAGCAUAAUUCCAGGAGCAGCAUGUGCGAUAUUGAUGUACUUUAUGCCAGAGUCUCCUCGCUAUUUACUAGCUAACAACCGCAAAAGUGAAGCCAUGGCAAGCCUGCAGUUUCUUCGUGGACCUCACACUGAUGUCCAAGAAGAAUGCAGUGAUAUCGAAGAAGGUUUGGAAUCUCAAGACCAAAAGCUUUCCUUUGAAGAACUGUGGACCAAUGCGUCAAUCUACAGGCCCUUGAAAGUCGGUAUAGGAUUGAUGGUAUUUCAACAGAUGAGCGGCAUUAAUGUUUUCAUGUUCUUCUCUGUCUCCAUAUUUGAGAAUGCUGGCUUUAAAGAGAUGAGUGAAUAUGCAUCUGUGGUCAUCGGUGGUGUACAGGUAGUUUUCACUGUCCUAGCUUGUAUAAUAAUUGACAGAGCUGGACGACGCCCACUUCUGAUUUUUGCAGGUGCUGGAAUGUCAAUCUCUUGCCUAACCUUUGGCUGGUAUUUUCACGCAGUUGCAGGGGGAACCCCUGCUGCAUCUCUGAGCUGGCUGGCAUUAGGCAGUCUGAUAGUCUACAUCAUAGCCUUCUCUCUAGGCUGGGGACCAGUGCCUAUGUUAGUUGUGUCCGAGAUUUUUCCAACUAAAGCAAAAGGCACAGCAACAGGAAUUGCAGUCUUUGUGAACUGGUUCUUUGGUUUUGUCUGCACCAAGUACUUUGCAAACCUCCAGGAUAUGCUAGGUGAUGCUGGAUCAUUCUGGUUCUUCGGUGUAUUCUGUGUAGCAGGCUUUCUGUUUUCCUGGAAAUAUGUUCCAGAGACCAGAGGGAAAUCUCUUGAAGAUAUUGAACUUUAUUUUGUGGGUAGCAAGUUUAUCCCAGCACGUGGUGUUUAAGAUUCUAGUCUUGUUUUUUUAAGAAAGUUGGACCAAAUCAAGCACAGAUCACAAAUUUAUUUGUGUUUAGAAGUCUUAUAAUUUAAUACACUUUGCUAUCAUUUUUUUUUAUUCAUGUUUAUUUCUGUUAUUCUGAAUAUGACAUUUUGUUAUUUUGAUGUUGUAAAGAAACUUCUUUCACACUAGUCUUUUCCACAGAUAAUUGAAACAAACUUAGAAGUAUUUCAUUUGAAACAAUUUGUGCAAAAGUGGCACAAAUGUCUUGUGCUAUUCUUUGUAAAUAGACCCACAUAUUUUCUUUGCCAGUUUAAAUUGCUAGUAUUGAAUAUCAGUGAUGUGGAAUUGUUCACUGUCAACAAUGCAAAAUGCUGGCAUUGUUCAUUGAUAAUAUGAUUAAACAUAUAUCAGCAGUCUGUAUCAUUGUGCUCUGUAACUAGUGACACUGCUAUCAAAAUAUUCCUGCGGCUGAUUGGGAGCGGAUGUGGUCAUCAUUUAUCUUAACUACGGUAAGGCAAUGAGCAGUUGCUUGUGGGUACUUUUAUAGAUUGUAUUUCUGAAAAAGUAGAUAUUUGGGACAUGAUACAAAAAUGUAUUUAUAAAAUGAAAUAUUUUUGCUGUAAUGUGAUAUAGUGUUUCAGAAUGAAGGGAAAGAAGGUUAGUCAGAGUUUCGUUAGGAAGAAAAGAAGGGUUGAAUUAUUGCCCUGCUAUGCCGUGCUUGUUCUACACGUAAUAUUGAGAUGGUACUAUUCAUUCUUUACUUUAAAAUAGUUAAAUUUAAAUGAAAUGGCACUGUCAUUGUGCUGCACACAAUAAAACCUAAGAAGCUUUUUUAAAUCCCCAUUAUAUUUGGCAUUUAGCUUUUUGUUAAUGUCUAUCUUUAUGUUAAUUGUUUUAACAAGAUCACCCACCAGGCCAUUAUUUAUACCAAGAAUUGUCUGCUUGAAUUAUUCAGUAAUGUAUUAGCCCAUAUAAAUUACAAACACGUACAAGGUCAGGAUCCAGAGAAUGCUGACAUGUUAAUGCACAGACUAUGUGUGUAUAAUAUGAUAGUCUCCACCAGUGGUUGAGAUAGGAUGUGUUCAGAAUAGAAGUUGUCACACUUGCAGGAUCGAUCCAUCUCAGCUGCGAUUCCCGCUAAGGCACAAUGAAAGUAAUCAUCUUAAUAUUCUGGCACGCUCCCUUUUAAUUUUAAGCACUUUGGUAAAGUUAGUAAAAGUUUAUGGACCAUGAUGUUGUUCAUGUUGCUUAGCGAGGGGGCAUGCCAGACAACUAAGCUGAUUACAUUGACUGCGCCUUAGCAAAAUCCCUGCUGAGAUGGAUUGAUCUUGCUAGUACGAUAACAACUAUUCUGAACACAGCCUUAAUUUUGUUUUGAGGCAUUUUGUAACCAAGCUGCAUGUCUGUCUCGUUUUAGAUAUGUUGAUAUAGACGAACUUCCAAAAAAAGUUCCACUGUUAUCUUGCUUUGUUGAUUUUUAUUAGCUUUAGCCCAUGUCUAAUACUUUUAAACUGAAACCUUUUGCUUCAGAGUUGUGUUACUUUCAUUAAAUGGCUGCAAAUGUAUUUUCUUGAUUCGAUACUUUGCUGUUCUCUUGUUGUGUAGUGCAGUCUUGGGGGGAAAAAAAUGCUAGUAAUUGGUUUGCAUAAGUGCACAUACAUGUAAGUCUAAAGUGGAUGUUUUUGUUCAUAUAUAUCUGAAAACGAAUCAAGCAUUGAAAUACCCGGUAUGUGCACCCUAUAUUUGAGAGUGCUAAUGGCAAUAUCUCGGGGGGAAACAAAGCGCUGGAGGAGGUUAGGCAAAAUAGACCUGAGCGCUCUGAUUGCUCUUUGUUGAUGAUACAUUCCAUGUAUAUGUACUUAAAUAAAUUGUGUAAUAUCCAGGGUAAUAAAAGGGAUUUAUUGAAAUACUUUUUUUCUUUCUGUGAAUUGUGG